UGUUUAGCUGCGUUGCAGGCACUAAAGAGAAAGAAGAGGUUGGAGAAGCAGCUCUCACAGAUCGACGGCACCCUGUCCACUGUCGAGUUCCAGCGAGAGGCCCUGGAGAACGCGCACACCAACACCGAGGUGCUGAGGAGCAUGGGCCUGGCGGCCAAGGCCAUGAGAGCGGCCCAUGAGAACAUGGAUUUGAACAAAAUAGAUGAUUUGAUGCAAGAAAUCACAGAGCAGCAGGAUGUCGCCCAAGAAAUCUCCGAGGCAUUUUCUCAGCACACUGGAUUCGGCGAGGACUUCGAUGAGGAUGAGCUGAUGGCGGAACUGGAAGAACUGGAGCAGGAAGAAUUAAAUAAGAAGAUGACAAAUAUCCGGCUUCCGAAUGUGCCUUCCACCUCCCUCCCAGCUCAGCCAGACAGAACGCCCGGCUCCUUGGGCCCGGCCACGAGGCCCCGAGCAGCACCUUCCCGGCGGGCAGGCGGAGAGGACGAGGACCUCCAGCACCUGGCAGCGUGGGCCUCCUAACUGGGAGGGAGCUGUUUUGACGCCUAAAUCAACGAGCUGUACAUAAGACAUAAAAAAUAUUUUUGCCAAGUUCAGAAGUGAGCAGAGGCCCUGUUUUAUAUUUAUGGAUGAUGGCUGUCUGUCAGCCUCACGCGUAAAAGUAAAAGAAGGGAGUGGGGUCAGAGGGGGCUGCCCAGGGCACCGAGGAAGACCUUGCACGAGGGGGGCCCCUGCCUGCUCCCCACUGAACCCCAGGCCUGGGACACACCAGUGCUCGCUCUGUAUCUGUGGACAGGAAACGGAAGUCUGUUCUCAUAUCAAACACAGAACCGUUUAAAAGCCCCUGAGGAGCGAGGUGGCUGGCGGAGCUGGGGAAGUGACUUCUGUUCUGUGGGCCCAUGUCGUGGGCUGUGGUGCCAUGGAAGGGGCAAAGGCGCCCCGGAGAGGCUGCACGUGGGGACGACCUGGCGAGUCUACCACACAGUUUCACUGGAGUUCGGCCGUUUGAAAUCUUAAAGGAUCGUUAAUUGACAUUUAUUCCGCCAAUGAAGCUGGGGAGGGGCCACGGAUGCAGAUCCCGAAUGUCUAAAAGCGCGAAUAGCUCCCACUGCCCACUGACUCUCUCGCUGUGACUCAGGCACCCAGGUAGCUGCUGAUUCCCCACAGCGAUGCCGCGGAGCGUGCAAGUGUUCACGCUCGUCUGCCCUGUGCUCUGCACAUUAAUUUACACUGCAGCCUUUUCUUGUAAAUACAUUAAAAAUAUAGGCAUUUUAAAGUGUAUCUUGAA